AUGCUCAAAGGUCAUCUAUAUCCAAAUACAUUACAACUUACAGAUAAGAUACAAUGGUGUCAUAUAAAAGCAUAUCUUAUCAAUGUUGCUAUGACCUAUUCACUUUAUUCAAACACACUUCAUAGCUUAUAUCGUUUUGUUCGUAUCGUUUAUUAUACACGUUGUUCUCUCUAUCAAAAUAUUUAUUUAUAUAUUUUUGGUAUAAUUAUUCAACUAAUUUUAAGUCUAAUUCAACCAAUACCACUUCUUUUCACAGGUAUCUAUGGUUAUGAAGAUUAUCAUUGUCAAAUACUUUUAACAGAAUGGAUUGGAGUAAUGAUAGCAACUGUUCUCAUUUGGAUUCCACCACUUUCCAUUACAAUAACGAUUUAUAUUUAUACAGUAUAUUAUUUACGAAAAAAUUCUUCAACAUUUACUUUUCGGCAACAAACAAGAUUUACGCGUGAUGUUACAGUCAUAAAACGUAUUGUAUGGUCAAUUAUAUUUGUAAUUUCAUGUACUAUUCCUGCAUUUAGUGUAACAAUUAUGUUUUAUUUAUUUGCUUAUGCUGGAUGGUGGAGAAAUCAUUUGGCAUGGUUAGGUUUUAUUUUAUCGUUUACUGGUAUGAGUUUUGUUCAUACAUGGUUUUCUCCUCAUCUUCAUCUUUUCCCCUUACGAAGAUCAAAUCGAAUUAAUCAUCAGCAGACGACAAGAAUCGUUGUUAUAAACUUAAGAUAG